AUGCAGCAGCAUCUCGCAGAGGCUGUCGCAGGCGCGUUCUCUCGCUGCCUGGGCUUCCGUGGAAUGAGGCUCAGGCUCCUCACGAGACACUGGUGCAUUGCAGGUGCGUCUCUGCAGAAGUUUGAUGGUGACAGUGCCUACGUGGGGAUGAGUGACGGAAAUCCAGAGCUCCUGUCAACCAGCCAGACCUAUAACAGCCAGGGCGAGAGUAAUGAAGACUAUGAGAUUCCUCCUAUAACGCCUCCCAAUCUCCCUGAGCCAUCCCUCCUGCACCUGGGGGAUCACGAAGCCGGCUACCACUCGCUGUGUCACGGCCUUGCGCCCAACGGUCUGCUCCCUGCCUACUCGUACCAGGCGAUGGAUCUCCCUGCCAUCAUGGUGUCCAACAUGCUGGCCCAGGACGGCCACCUGCUGUCAGGCCAACUGCCCACGAUCCAGGAAAUGGUCCACUCGGAGGUGGCGGCAUAUGACUCAGGCCGGCCAGGGCCCCUGCUGGGCCGUCCGGCAAUGCUGGCCAGCCACAUGAGUGCCCUCAGCCAGUCUCAGCUCAUCUCCCAGAUGGGCAUCCGGAGUGGCAUUGCUCACGGCUCCCCAUCACCCCCAGGGAGCAAGUCAGCGACCCCCUCUCCAUCCAGUUCCACACAGGAGGAGGAAUCAGAUGCCCAUUUCAAGAUCUCAGGAGAGAAGAGACCCUCAGUGGACCCAGGCAAAAAGGCCAAGAAUCCAAAGAAGAAGAAGAAGAAGGACCCCAAUGAGCCACAGAAGCCAGUGUCGGCCUACGCUCUCUUCUUCAGAGACACUCAGGCUGCCAUCAAGGGGCAGAAUCCCAGUGCCACCUUUGGAGAUGUGUCCAAAAUAGUGGCCUCCAUGUGGGACAGCCUGGGAGAAGAGCAGAAACAGGCGUAUAAGAGGAAGACUGAAGCUGCCAAGAAGGAGUACCUGAAAGCCUUGGCGGCCUACAGAGCUAGCCUCGUGUCCAAGAGCCCCCCGGACCAAGGUGAGGCCAAGAACACUCAGGCAAACCCACCAGCCAAAAUGCUUCCACCCAAGCAGCCCAUGUACGCCAUGCCCGGCCUGGCUUCCUUCCUGACGCCCUCCGACCUGCAGGCCUUCCGCAGCGGAGCCUCUCCCGCCAGCCUUGCCAGGACGCUGGGCUCCAAGGCCCUGCUUCCGGGCCUCAGCACAUCGCCACCACCACCCUCCUUCCCUCUCAGCCCCUCACUGCACCAGCAGCUGCCACUGCCCCCCCACGCGCAGGGCACCCUCCUCAGCCCGCCUCUCAGCAUGUCCCCAGCCCCGCAGCCUCCUGUCCUGCCUGCCUCCAUGGCACUCCAGGUGCAGCUGGCGAUGAGCCCCUCACCUCCAGGGCCACAGGACUUCCCACACAUCUCUGACUUCUCCAGUGGCUCUGGCUCCCGCUCACCUGGCCCAUCCAACCCUUCCAGCAGCGGAGACUGGGAUGGGAGUUACCCCAGUGGGGAGCGCGGCCUCGGCACCUGCAGACUCUGCAGAGGCAGCCCACCGCCCACCACCAGCCCAAAGAACCUGCAGGAACCUUCUGCCCGCUGACCUGCUUGCUCCAGGGUAGCUGUGGACCCCGCUCCUUGGCCUGCACACAGUUCCCUGCAUCUGGACUUCUGGCCCCAGCCCCAGCUCACCGGGCUGCCCCCCUUCGAGGUUGCUUAGCAACAGACACCCACCCCUGAUGCUGGGCCAGCCACAGGUGUGCUCUCAGUGUACACAAAGAUGCUGAAACUCGUUCUGUGGGUUCCGUGUAAGUAGUUCACUGUUUUAGAACUGUGCUGAAGACAUCUGUAAGAUUAUUUUGUGGGGAGAAAGAAAGUUUCCUUUAAGGUUAAAAAAUUUUUUAUAAGACCUUUGGCACAUUUUUUUUUAAAGUUUUAUCUUAAGAGAGACAUGUGCACAAGCAACUGUCAAGCUAAUUCUAAUCUGCACACAGAGAAAAUGGGAACUUUUAAGCCACA